AUGUUGAAACUUAUUAUAUUUACUUUAUUUCUUAUUUCAACACCUUCAUUUGGUUUACUUGAAAAUUUAUUUCAAGCUGAACGUAAUUGUUAUUCAGGUUGUCGUGCAAACUAUGCUACUAGUUUCUUGGCUAUUUCUGCUUGUCAAGCAGGUUGUGAUUUUAAAAUACAAAAUGAAAAUUGUGCUGAUCAAUGUAAAUUAUAUUCAGUAGAAGAACAAAUGGAAGCUAGUUGUCUUGUUGGUUGUUCAAUGAAUGAUUUAGAGAUUCAUUCACGUCCAAAAUCAAUCACUUUCAUACGUUUUAUUCGUCAUCCACUUGAAAUAUCAAAUGAACCAAAAACAAUAUCUGAAGAUUUGACAAUUUCUGAUAAAAUUAAAAAAAUCUUUCAAUUAACUAAAGAUUUUCAUUUUAAUUUCUUUAAUGAUACAAAAACAAUUCAUCAAGAUAAACUCGAAACAUCAACAAGAUAUUUUCAACAAUAUGCUAGUAAUGUUCAUGAUCAAUGGAAUAAUCUUCUUCAUACACAACGAAAAACGACCGUUUGGGUUCUUCUCAGUAUUUUUCUUUUAUCAUCAAUUAUUCUCUCAUACAUGAUCGUUUCACUUUGUCGUCGUAAACCUGGACAUCAUGGUUUAUCAAUUGGUUCUCGUGAAUUUCUCAUCGAUAAUACAUAUGAAAAUGAAAAAGUUCAACCAUAUGCUCACUACUAUGAUCUUACACGAUCAUCGCCUAUUAAAGUCAAAUUAGCAAAUCAUUAA